AUGUCCAACUCGUAUUCAUUUCUUCGCCUCAUCGCCAGCAAAACCCCGCGUUCUCCCCAAACAUUCAAUCUCCACAUCCCUUGUUAUGUGAAGCCAAACUCUUCUGCUCACCGUACAGGUAUUACAAAGGUGGGCAUUGAUAGAGUAGAGCUUUCUGUGGCUGCUGUCCCACGCGAUGGGGCAGCUAAUAUUGCAGUGUCGCACAUUUUCGCAGAGAUCUUCAAAGUCCCCAAAUCAAGUGUGGAAGUUAUUCGUGGCGCGAAAUCACGAGAGAAGACCUUGUGUGUGACCGAUCUGCAGAUCGGAAACGACGGCGAAGAAGCAUACUUGCAGCGUGCCACGCAAAGAUUGGAGGCCGCUGUCAAGACGCGAGACUCCUAG